ACAUGUCUGCGCACGCACCAUAUCGUCCAGAGCGAGUCGAAUGGUUUCAUUUCUGUGCCUGUAAAUGAAAGUGGGAUUGGAUUUUUACAAUAUGAGGUCUGACUCCCUGUAGACUGUGAUGGCUCCAGGCGACAUGGUGCCGGAGCAUGCCAAGCAGCAUAAGCUCAAGCAGAAGAAGGAGAACCGUCAGAGCACCACCACCGCCAGGCCCGAUGGAGACUCUGAGCCUGACGGAUCCUUUGUCUUUGAAGCCUAUGAGGCAUGGAAGGACUUCCACGACUCCCUGAGGCAGUUCUACGAAGUGGGGGAGCUCUGUGAUGUCACACUGAAGGUUGGCAGCAGGCUGAUACCAUGCCACAAGCUGGUGCUGGCUUGUGUCAUCCCUUACUUCAGGGCCAUGUUCCUGUCCGAGAUGUCCGAGGCCAAACAGGACCUGAUUGAGAUCAAGGACUUUGACGGCGACGCCAUCCACGACCUGGUGCGUUUCGCCUACUCCUCCCGUCUGACCCUGACAGUGGACAACGUACAGCCCCUCCUCUACGCAGCCUGUAUACUGCAGGUAGAGUUGGUAGCCAGAGCCUGCUGUGAGUACAUGAAGGCCCACUUCCACCCCUCCAACUGCCUGGCUGUCCGCACCUUUGCCGAGAGCCACAACCGCGUCGACCUGAUGGACAUGGCAGAUCGCUACGCUUGCGAGCACUUCCGGGAAGUGGUGGACUGUGAGGACUUCCCGUGCGUGUCGCCUCCUCACCUGAGAACCCUGUUGUCCUCCAGUGAUCUGAACAUUCACUCUGAGACUCAGGUGUACACCGCUGCUGUCAAGUGGUUGAAGAAUAACCCUCAACACCACGAGGCCUGGCUGCAGCAGAUCAUGACUCAGGUGCGUCUCCCCUUGCUCCCAGUAGACUUCCUGACGGCCACGGUGGCCAAAGAGGAGAUGAUCAGAGGGAACCUGAGCUGCAGAGAUCUGCUGGAUGAGGCCAGGAACUAUCACCUGCACCUCAGCAACAAGGUGGUCCCGGACUUUGAGUAUUCAGUCAGAACAACGCCUAGGAAACACACUGCAGGUGUGUUGUUCUGUGUGGGUGGGCGGGGUGGUUCUGGUGACCCGUUCCGCAGCAUCGAGUGUUACUCCAUCAGCAAGAACAGCUGGUUCUUUGGACCUGAGAUGAACAGUAGGAGACGACAUGUUGGAGUCAUCUCUGUAGGAGGUAAAGUGUAUGCAGUAGGGGGGCAUGAUGGUAGUGAACACCUGGGCAACAUGGAGAUGUUUGAUCCUCUCACUAACAAGUGGAUGAUGAAGGCUUCCAUGAACACUAAGAGAAGGGGCAUAGCUCUGGCAGCUCUGGGAGGUCCUAUCUACGCCAUCGGAGGCCUAGAUGACAACUCGUGCUUCAACGACGUGGAGAGAUACGAUAUCGAGAGCGACCGCUGGACUGCUGUGGCGUCCAUGAACACACCCAGAGGAGGGGUGGGCUCUGUGGCCUUAGGGAGUCAUGUGUACGCUGUGGGAGGUAACGACGGUGUGGCCUCUCUGUCCAGCGUGGAGAGGUUUGACCCCCACCUCAACAAGUGGACAGAGGUCAGGGAGAUGGGCCAGAGACGAGCAGGGAACGGAGUCAGUGAGCUGAACGGCUGCCUCUAUGUCGUGGGCGGUUUUGAUGACAACUCCCCGCUGAGUUCCGUGGAACGUUUGGACCCCCGUCUGUGUCGCUGGAACUACGUCUCUGAGCUGACCACGCCCCGAGGCGGAGUGGGCGUGGCCACGGUCAUGGGUCGAGUGUUCGCAGUCGGUGGCCACAACGGAAACAUUUAUCUUAACACUGUGGAGGCCUUCGACCCCCGUAUGAACAGAUGGGAGCUGGUGGGGUCUGUCUCUCACUGCCGGGCCGGAGCAGGAGUGGCCGUCUGUUCCACUCACAUCAGUCAGGUCAGAGACGUGGGCCAGGGCUCCAGCAACGUGGUCGACUGCAUGUGACUGCUGUCUGACCGCUGUCUGACCGCUGUCUGACCACAGGCUGACCGCUGUCUGACCACAGGCUGACCCGGGAAAAACUGCAAAAGAUCAGACGUGCACAGAACAGCACCCAUCCCACGCACAGCCACAAGCACUCAAUCACACUGCACCGGACACUGACUAGGAGCAGCUGUCCUUGAAGCAGCACUUCCCUUUAGCACUGAUUGUAAUGUAACCAGUCUCACUAUGUUAGGUGGUGUGCAUUGUUACUAUUCAGCUGAAGACACUUCUCUGACUGAACCUUAUCAGUGGAGAACUGAUCUACAAACAAUCCAUAUAUUUUCUCUUUUUGUGACGUUUGCAGAUGCAAUUCAGUGAUUGGUGUAUUUUGAAAAAAUUAUAGCUUUUCUUUGCGUUUUGACUGCUUUGGAACUUUAUCGAAGGAAAAUAGCUGACUGAUCGUUGCGCUUUAGAUGUCUCAUUAGACAGGCCUUGCAUAUAAACUUGUAUAUUUUUAAGUACCUUAUACUCUGUCAGACCUUUCACAAUCAUCACUGUCUGAACUGAGAGAUCUUCCUAGGGUUCCCAGCAGUCUCUCACGUAUAACACAGUAUGAGAGAGAGCACUGUGAAGUAUGGACAGUAUCUGGAGGCUGGAAAGCUGUGAAGUAAAGACUCUGAACAGAACAGUGUUUGGGAUAAAAAAAAAAAAAAUCGGACAUUCUAUUGACUCACACAUAGACAUAGAGGAUUUCAGGGCUUUCAUUCAGAUCCAUCCGCUGUAGACUCUGUGAUGCUGAAACCGCUUUCGUGUUAGCAUUAGCCAGCUGUAGCCUGUAUUUGCGUUUUGAACAAUCAUUCAGACUGAUUCUAAUUGAGAUAGUUUAAUCCAUUGGCGGUCUUUGGCAGAGUUGGACUAAAUUGUGAAGCAAUAAGAGGUUGAUAUCUCUGUUACCAGGCUGAACGUGUGCAGUUUUGAGAUGACUGAGGGGACUAGUGAUAACUCUCAGGACAGACAGUCUAGGGUCUUAGCAGAAUGCUAACCCUCAUACUCUCUGUGUUCUACUCAAAGAUGGCUGGGUGUGUCAGUAAACAAGUGCGCUUUCAGACGUGUGAAGAGCUGAAUCCUCUAUCUGCCAAAUGAUUCUGAUUUUAUAUUUUUAUAUUAGGAAGUUUUUAUGAAAUCAGUGCUUAUCUUUGGUGUUGUUCUCUACUGUCUUGUCUUGGACUUGUUGUUGUGCACUAUCUUCCUAGAGUCGUCAGGGGUUUCACUAUAUUUUGUCCUAUGGAAAUGUUUAUGCUAUUUUCAACAUGUUUUGACAGUGAGUGUCUGCUCUUUUUUUUCUUUUUUUUGAGGCCUUGUGUUUGAAGAUUUUUCCUCAACCUUAUUUUGUUGUGACUCCUCCUGGUCAAUUCAAGGCCUUUCAGGUAAUUCUGGAUUUGAUUGUAAGACUGUUGUUGGUUAACAGAUUGACCCAAUACUUUGAUUUAGAAAUACACAUGUUUGAAGAGAUGAUAUGCAUUAGGAAAACAUGAUCUUUCCAUGACAUGGACUAGGUGAAUCCAGGUUAAAGCUAUGAUCCCUUAUUGAUGUCACUUGUUAAAUCCACUUCAAUCAGUGUAGAUGAAGGGUAGGAGACAGGUUAGAGAAAGAUUUUUGAGACAUAGAUUGUGUAUGGGUGCCAUUCAGAGGGUGAAUGGACAAGACAAAAUAUUUAAUGGGGCAAGCCGGAUGUGCCUUUGAACGGGGUAUGGUAGUAGGUACCAGGUGCACCGGUUUGAGUGUCAAGAACUGCAAAGCUGCCGGGUUUUUCAUGCUCAACAGUUUCCCGUGUGUAUCAAGCAUGGCCCAUCACCCAAAGGACAUCCAGCCAACUUGACACAACUUUUAAGAAGCACUGGAGUCAACAUGGGCCAGCAUCCCUGCGGAACGCUUUGGACACCUUGUAGAGUCCACGCCCCGAAGAAUUGAGGCUAUUCUGAUGGUCCUUAAUGUUCUGUACACUCCAUUAUAUGCAUAUUGAAUUGUUGCACCAUUGGUUUGUUGUAUUCUACAAUAGAACUGUAAUACCUCUGGUGUGUCAUACUGUACACCAGGGGUGUGUACUGACUUGCCAACCGUAAUAUAGAACGUAUAGAAUGUAAAUUGUAAGUUCAUGCUUUUGUAAAUGUGUUGCUAUUGGUUCAGAUGAAUGCUGUGUCUUUUGCAUUGUAUUUUAUACAGCUAAAAUCUUCAUUUUGUUGAUGUUACUAUAAUAAAUCUGUCAUUAUCCAUGA